AUGUACCCGAAGGUUCUUUCAUGCCUUUGGUUCAAUGAGGUCAACCGUUUCACCUCACGUUAUACAUCGAGUUUUACAUACACUUGCUUGAAGCUCAUGAGAAUGAAUGCUGGAAGAUAUUUUCACCUAAAUAUGUUUAAGGACCGUGAAAGAAGAGCAAUACCUAAACUGUUCCAUCACCAAACUAAAGAAACUACAGAUCCACCCCCGACAAACCUUCGUACGGAUAAAAAUCAUUCAUCGAUGCCAAUCUAAGACUGCCAUUGAGGAAUUGAGGGCGGGGAUACUCUAUUCAUUUUGAUGCAUGUACCAUGCAUCCAGUCUGUGGUGGGGGUGGAGCAACGAGGCUCGAGAACCCAGGCAGCGGACGCCUCAUGACUUGGAGGAGCGACGAUACGGACAAGGAGCAGUAGCCUCAUGGAUCUACAGGGAAGCGUCAUCGAGGGAUGGCUGAUGUCAAGGCACACAUAGCUCCGGCUGCCGCGGAUAGGCAGUACUCAACGGAUGAUAUCCUCCUGACUCUGACUGAACCCUGUUUCGUGCAAACAUGCUCUGUAUUUUUUUUUGGUAGGAACAUUAAGCUCUAAAGACAUAAUUAUUCAGACUGCAAGAUUUUUACCGAAAAGGGUUUCCCGCCGCUUUGUAUUCCAAAGCAAACCAUCAUUGACACAUCGCAAUGCUGGGGCGAGCAGCACAUCAAGCCCAAAGAAAAAGAAGAAGAAAGGAAGAAAAAAACUAAAAACGGCAAAGAUACAGGAUACCAAAGGAGCCACUAACAAGACUCGAAUACACCAAGCACAAGCUUGAACAUCGAAGCCCUCGGCGAACAGGAGCCAACACACGCCGCGGCUGAGCCAAGGUAGAUCCCGCUGCAGGAGGAUUGUCACGCUCUGUCACCCCCCUUGGGCCAAGCCAUCCGGUCCGCCAUUCGUCUCUACCUCCGAAGAGAGCCCCCUGCCCUCUAGUCCUGGAUCGGAGGACACUACACCGUCGACAGGCAGAGUCGCUCACCCCUGAGCUCGCAUGACCAGGACCAACAGGUUGCCGGGAGGGGAUGACAAACACAACGACCGCACCAGGCAGCCACACCACCGAGCAUCGCCAACGCCGCGCGCCGGCGCCAACAUCAACCGCAAGUGGCCGAGCAUGGACACCACUGACGAUAUCCGGCAGCCACCUCCCAUGCCAAGGCCUCGACCACCACUCCGUCGCACCAAGGUGGUGUCUUCAAGAAGAAAAACGACGCCGGAGCGCCGUCACCACCCAAUCCGGAGAUUUGGGGCUUUCACCCGGGACGAGGAAGGGAGGGGCGAGAGGGGGAUUGUGAAACCGCCUUCAAGAAGGGGAACGACGCCGGAGCGCCGCCGGCAUCGUGGCCGCAGAGAACAGCCAAGGGGUUUCCCCCAAUCCAUCCCCCGAGAGGAAGCACCAUCGCCAGAUCUGCUCCCAGGGCAAACGGGGAAGCCCCAGGAGCCAGCCACGCUCGCCGCCGAUCCGCCGCCCACGCGGCCAGGAGCGGCGCACCCCGCAUCUGCAUCAGCCACCCGCCGAAGGGGGGCCGACGCGCUCCACCAGUGGUCGCCGCCACCACGCCAGGCGCCACCGCGCAGAGCAGAGCACACCAAGCCCAACACGCCGCCGCCAGGCACCGGCCCCGCCACCGUUGUCCGCCGCCGCGCCGUCACGCCCUCGGCCAGCUACAAGAUUAAGCUUGACAGUGAAAUCUUGGAUAGUGCCAGAUGCAUCAUAGUUAAUAAAAAAACUUCUGCUGUAAUGGAGGUACUGCUCUUUAGUAGUUUGCUUAAUUUGAUUUUAUCACCUCAAGUGUUUUACACAAAAUUUGAACUAUGUGCAUCUACUGGUUCCUUUGAAGAUUCCGCCUAA